AUGAUCAAGGUAAACGAAAAAGACCGUGCAAAGCUUGAAGGUUCCAUGAAAAGUGGUAGGAGAAGAAAGACCCCAUCACCAAGCUGUCGGAGGCAGAUCUUCUAUAAGAGACUAGCCUUGCCAAAACCAUUUGCUUACAAAGACUUAGUUGCAGCCACCAAUGGCUUUGCAAACGACAGAAGGCUAGGUCAAGGGAGGUCAGGACAAGUUUAUAAUGGAUUCAUACAAGAUCUAGGACAAGUUUGCUGUCAAGAGAAUUUUGUGCAGUCUGAGCACUAUGAGAAAAUCUUCAUCAAUGAAGUCAAAAUAAUAAGCCGCUUAAUACAUAGGAACCUUGUGCAGUUCAUUGGAUGGUGUCAUGAGUGUUGA